GCCGCGGCGCUGGCCCGCUGAUAGUUCCUGCCGGACCUGGGUGGUUGUGUCCGCCCGGGGUUCUGUCGCUCCAUGGUACGCCCGUGAGGCUGGCUGCCGGCGGCCGUCUCCUCGAAAUGGAGCACAUCCGUACGACCAAGGUUGAGCAAGUGAAAUUACUUGACCGAUUCAGCACCAGCAACAAGUCACUAACAGGAACACUCUAUCUUACAGCCACACAUCUAUUAUUUAUAGACUCUCAUCAGAAAGAAACCUGGAUAUUGCAUCACCAUAUUGCCUUAGUGGAGAAACUAGCUUUGACUACUUCUGGAUGCCCACUUGUGAUUCAGUGCAAGAACUUCAGGAUUGUGCAUUUCAUUGUUCCCAGAGAAAGAGAUUGCCAUGAUAUUUACAAUUCCCUGCUACAACUGUCAAAACAAGCAAAAUAUGAAGAUCUCUAUGCAUUCUCUUACAAUCCCAAACAAAACGAUUCGGAGCGACUCCGAGGCUGGCAGCUCAUUGACCUUGCCGAGGAAUAUAAGAGGAUGGGAGUGCCAAAUUCAAACUGGCAGCUGUCUGAUGCCAACCGAGAAUACAAGAUUUGUGAAACUUACCCCAGAGAACUUUAUGUUCCCCGAAUAGCAAGUAAACCAAUAAUUGUUGGUAGUUCCAAGUUCCGGAGCAAGGGAAGAUUCCCAGUUCUUUCCUACUAUCAUGAACAUAAAGAGGCUGCCAUUUGUCGAUGUAGUCAGCCACUGUCAGGAUUCAGUGCCAGGUGCCUGGAGGAUGAACAUUUGCUUCAAGCCAUUAGUAAAGCCAACCCAGUCAAUCGCUAUAUGUAUGUAAUGGAUACCAGGCCCAAACAUCGCAUGCAGAGCUGGUGGGCUACACAAAAGGACAUUGGCAGAAUUAUAGUGAGGAUUUCUUCAAAAAUCUGGAAUGAUGAGAAAAUAAGAGAAAGCGAUGAGAAAAAGCGACUGAAUGCAAUGGCCAACAGAGCAGCUGGAAAAGGUUAUGAAAAUGAAGACAACUAUUCUAAUAUUAGAUUUCAGUUUGUUGGAAUUGAAAAUAUUCAUGUCAUGCGGUCCAGCCUUCAGAAGUUAUUGGAAGUUAAUGGUACCAAAGGGCUUUCUGUCAGUGAUUUCUACUCUGGUUUGGAGAGCUCAGGAUGGCUUCGCCAUAUCAAAGCUGUUAUGGAUGCAGCAAUCUUCUUAGCCAAAGCAAUAACGGUUGAAAGUGCAAGUGUGUUGGUGCAUUGUUCUGAUGGUUGGGAUAGGACGUCCCAGGUCUGUUCCCUUGGCUCUCUCUUACUGGAUUCCUACUACAGGACAAUCAAAGGAUUCAUGGUUUUAAUAGAAAAGGAUUGGAUCUCUUUUGGACAUAAGUUUUCAGAGAGGUGUGGCCAUUUGGAUGGUGACCCAAAGGAAGUCUCACCGGUGUUUACUCAGUUCUUGGAAUGUGUGUGGCAUUUGACCGAACAGUUUCCACAAGCCUUUGAAUUCAAUGAAGCGUUUCUCCUUCAGAUCCAUGAACAUAUUCAUUCAUGCCAAUUUGGAAACUUCCUUGGAAAUUGUCAGAAGGAAAGAGAAGAACUCAAGUUAAAGGAGAAGACUUACUCCCUGUGGCCUUUUCUCCUGGAUGACCAGAAGAAGUACUUAAAUCCUCUCUACACUUCCAAAUCUCCAAAAUUUACAGUUUUGGAGCCAAAUACAGUAUCUUUCAAUUUUAAGUUUUGGAGAAACAUGUACCACCAAUUUGACCGAACAUUGCAUCCUAGACAGUCUGUGUUUAAUAUAAUUACGAAUAUGAAUGAGCAAAAUAAGCAGUUAGAGAAAGAUAUUAAAGACUUAGAAUCUAAAAUUAAACAAUGUAAAAAUAAGCCAACAGAUGGAAUUCUCACCAAGGAAUUGAUACAUUCAGUUCAUCCUGAAUCACCUACCCUCAAAACUUCCUUGUGUUUCAAGGAGCAAACUCUGUUACCUGUGAAUCAUGCUCUUCGAACUAUAGAGGGCAGCAACCCAGCAGAUAAUCGUUACAGUGAAUACGCUGAGGAGUUUUCCAAAUCGGAACCCGGUGUGGUCAGCUUAGAGUAUGGUGUGGCAAGAAUGACUUGUUAGAUGCAUAGAGUAUUUUCUGGACUGACUGUAGUGCAAGAAUGGAUUGUGAGAAUGGUCUUUGCGCAUGACCAAAAGGAAUUUGUCUGAUAAUGAUUUUGGAGUCGAGUAGUUGAAGAAAGGGUAAUAACUGCUGUUGUGAGAGAAGUAAGUCCAUUUAAUUGCAUUUCCGGCAAGGAAUGACUUUCAGUUCUUUAAGAAACGAGUGGAAUGGGCGGAUCUACUCAGAACACAACUUGUACUGUAUACUAGUGAAUUGACACUUCUGUAUGAUUUGUAUGUUAAUUACAGCCAAACAUGAAUAACUUUCCUUAACUCUAAUUUAAUUGACCAAGUUCUCCCUUACUUAAUAAUUGACAUGGCAUGGACUUAUAAUUACGUAACCAUGAGUAUUUACAUAUUUUGCCUAUUAGUGAUGUUUAAUGUUGAAGUGCCAUGAAAAAUACUUCUGAGAAAGCCUUAAAAAUCUCAACUUAUUCAUUACUCUUAGGUUUUAUAGCCGAGAGCAAGGUUUUUUUGUUUUUUUUCUUUUGGUCAGCCUUGUUUUAUCUGUAAAGAAUUGCACUCUCAUUACUGCAGGGGUUGCAUGCUACAAUACUCCUGUAUAAACAGAUGUACAAGUCCACUGUUAAGUUCAUGGUUGGCUGGUCCCACUUCCAUAUUUAAGAUUAAUGAAACCGAAGGUUUAAUUCUGAUUCCAGUUUGUGCAGUGCUACACUUGAUGACAUUACUUACAACUUAGAUUAUUGAUUUCUUGAAUAUGUGUAAACAUAUUUGACUGUCUUUUAUGUAUGGAUUACUGCAUUCUUUUGAUGCUCUGUGGUUGGCUUUAUUCCUUUUUUAACUGUGUAACUUUAACAAGCUAAGGCUCUAAAACUGUUCUUAGAGACAGUGAAGAGUAUAUAGAUAUGUACGGUUUUAUCUUUCAAUGAGUUGCUCUUCCUAAAACAAACUUUGUUUCCUUAAAAUUUUGGGAUUAAAAAAGGGAAGUUAGUACAGGUAGUUUAGAUUUUGCUUGGUUGCAUGAAUUUUAAAGCAGCCAUUUCUAUGUGGAACAUUUUUAUCUUAUCCGUUAACAUAGGGGAAGAAAAGGAAAAUUAAGGAUAGCCUAGUACAAAGUUAGCAAAACAACUUAAAUGCUAGGAGGUUUCUGUUUGCCUUGUUAUGUUAAUUGUUUCUGUGUGCUAGUAACAUAUCUUUAAAUGAAAAAAAAAAAAAAAUCACAUGCAUUUGACGGUCUUCACUCAGCUGGCUUUAAAACUGAAGGUUUAAGUACACGGCUGGCAAGAGAUGUGAUUCAGGGAGAGUAGGAAACCUGCGUUAAGAUCCCUAAUGCUUCUCUUUACUAUGCUUCUAUUUUGUUAGUUUUGAGCAUAAACAAGUAUCUUUUUCACAUGGGAAAAAAAGCUUUAUUGUAUGGGAACUUACCUAAUCCUGUUUAUUUUUCCAAUGCUUUUGUGUAAUGCGUUAUGUAAGAAGAAAAAUACUCCUUUUUAAACAGUGACAGAAAUGCACUAUAAAAUAUAGUUUGUGAUUUAGCCAAGCCUAUUUCCAUACUUAAUUAAGCACUGGGACAGGAACCUUAAUCUUUGUGACCACAAAGGGAAGCUUUUGUGCCUUGUUGCUUGGUUCCAGUUAACUGAUUGUGGUUUUAGAAUCUUCCAUGGCAGACUUCUCAUAUUCACGCGUUUUUGGUUUAUCUUCAACUUCAGGCAUAUAUAUGUGUAUUUAUGUGCUCACACAGGGACUGAGAAAUCAGUUAACAUCUGAAGUGACCUACAGCGUAUGUGUUGGCAAAAAGCAGAUUGUGUAUGUGUCUUAUAAAAUUGAAUUUAUGUUCAGUGUGUUUGGGAAUGUAUAGCAUGUAAAUUAUUACAUACGUUAUUUAAAGGUAAUUAAAUGUUCAUAUUUUACUUUGAAUGUUUUUCUUCUGUAAAAAAAACCACAAAAAACAAAUGGCA